AUGAAAGAACACAUAUUAGUGUUCCUAUGUUUAUUUAUACUGAUAUGUACUUGUUCGGAUGUCAUCCAAGUCUCAGACAAGAAUUUUAAAGAAGUCGUAAUCGAUUCUGGAAAGUUUACGUUGGUCGAUUUCUAUGCUGACUGGUGUCGCCAUUGCCAAAAUUUGAUGCCCGAAUAUGAGAAGGUUGCCGAAAAGUUUGCUAGUGAGCCAGAUAUUCAAAUUGCUAAAAUUAAUGGUGAUAAGGAUGGAAAAAAGAUGGUCAAAAAGUAUAAUAUUCCAGGGUUUCCGAUGCUCGUAUUCUUUCAUGGUAAUAAAGAGCCUGUAGAGUUUGAAGGAAAUAGGGAAGCUGAGUCGAUAUCAAAUUUCGUUCAGCAAUUGAGUGGACGUAGAUUGGAUAGGAGCAGGUCGAAAUCACCAGUUAUGGAAGAAUCUCACGUUUUAGAAUUAUCUGAUCUGAACUUCGAGCAACUUAUCCUUGCCUCUCUGAAAAAAAGUUUUAUUUCCUUCACUGCUCUGUGGUGCGUACAUUGUCAAGAAUUGGAGCCUAUAUGGAAUGAAUUGGCGGAUAAAGUUUUCGUGAAUGAUGAACUGGAGAUCCAAUUCGGUAGAGUCCAGACUAAUGAGGUUGAUGCUGAUGAGCUUACAAAGAGAUUUCGAAUUGAAUCUUUUCCAACCAUCAUAUUUAUUGAUCCACAGAAUUUUAUUGAUGAUAAAGGUACCAUAGCGCAAGAUAAUUAUGAUGGGGAAAGAUCGCUUGAGGCUCUAGUUAGGUUUGUGAACGAUAAAAGUUUCUUACACCGUAAGACAGAUGGCCAAUUAGAUGAAUCAGCAGGACGUAUUAAUAAAGUUGAUUUACUUAUCAAUGAUAAACUUAGAGCCAAAGGCAAGGAAAAGGAAGCUAUAAGAAUUUUGGAUAAGUUAAACCAAAUUCUAAGCAUGAAGGAUGAGGUCGUUAGCGAAGAAAAGCAAUUCCAAUCGAAUGACUUUUCAAUGGAACAUUAUUAUAGAAAAUUGCUUAAUAAAAUAAUCAAUGGUGAUGACGGACACUUUUCUAAAGAAUACAGUCGAUUAAAUAAACUUCUCAAGGAUCAGAGGCAAAAUUUACACCCAAAAGCUAUUGAUUCGAUGCAAAAAAGAGCAAAUAUAUUAAAUCAAUUUGUCAACUAA